CUUCUUGUAUAAGUAAAUUUGCUGUUACAUCUCUCCGAUUCUACACUUGUACUGCCCGGGUCUUCUUUCUCAACCCCCCCCCCCAACACACCUUCUGUGUCUUCUCUGAAUCUGUUACAGCCAAGAUGCCCUGUACACGACACAGAAAAUAAACCCAUUCAACCUGCGUAUCAGACAACAAAUAUGCCACUUUACAGCCCACAAAUGUAUUCGAACUAAAUGUAAAUAAAUCAAUCUCUCUCUCUCUCUCUCUUUCUGUCGCUUAGUCCCCACCCCUCUCUGUCCACUUCACAUCUUGGUCUUCUAUUCUUUCUUCUUCUGCUUCAAUCAUCCCGGCUUCCAUUUGAUUUAAGCUCGGCUGGAAGCAUCAAAGAGAAUCAAAAGGGUCCAUUCUGUAUAUGUGGGUUUGCAUGUAUACGAUCACCAUUUGAAGAACUGGAUGGUUUGGUGGAGUAAGUAGUAAUAAACUUGAAAGUGUUUGUCGGCGCAGGGUCACUUUCUGUCGGCAUUGUUUGCAUCCAUCUAUGAUACCCUCAAGAGAGUUUUCUAAUUCUAAUUAAUUUAAUAAAAGGACAACGGGGAUAGAGAGGUGCUCCUCCUCCUCCCUUCUUCUGGGUUUUGGUUACUUACAGUCUUGACAACUUUGAAACGGCUUAUUGAUCCAGACCUGGCGGUUCAGGGCAUUGUCUUGUAUCGUCAACUGAAACGUCAAAACUCAGUCUUGACCUAAAGGGGUUUGUGGUUUAUGUCAAGGAUAAAUGAUUGGUGCAACUGGGGGCAAUGUGGAUGAAUCUCGGCUUUGGCAAUAAUGGCGCUGCAUGUUCAUUCAGAUUGUCAUUGGUAAAUGAAGCGCAGGCUGUCUGAGAUCCCACCUUAUCAUUUAUCUGGGGAUCACAGCUCUGCAGAUUUGACAGAAAUUCUACCUCUGCUAUAUCUGUUGUAUGUGUAAAACUUGCUAUUAAUAUUGUGAGGCACAAGUGAAGUGAUUCCCAUAACUUAUGUCAGGGUCUCUUGCAGCAAUAGUAGGAGGAGCUGCAGGGGCCGUGGCAUUGGUAGGGAUAGUUAUAGCACUCUUAUGCUUCUGCCUAUCUCGCAGGAGGAGUGUCUCAAGGACUUCAGAGACAGGGUCCUCUGAUCCUUCCCAAGUGGAAAGACAUGGUGGGAUUGAGUUGACUUUACGAGAUACAAGGCGGUUUGAGAUGGAUGAACUUUCUCAGGCCACAAAGAAUUUCAGUGACAAAAAUUUGAUCGGAGAAGGCAAGUUUGGGGAGGUUUACAAAGGUUUACUUCAUGAUGGUAUGCUUGUGGCCGUCAAAAAGCGGCAUGGACUUCUGAGCCAGGAAUUUGUUGACGAGGCUCGCUACCUCUCUUCCAUUCAUCAUCGGAAUCUUGUAACUCUUUUGGGCUACUGCCAGGAACAAAAUCUGCAGUUUCUUAUAUACGAAUAUGUGCCUAAUGGGAGCGUCUCUAGUCACUUGUAUGGUGCUGGUCAACAAUCGAAAGAGAAGCUAGAAUUCAAGCUUAGACUUUCAAUAGCUCAAGGUGCUGCUACAGGUUUGGCUCACAUUCACUCCUUGAGCCCCCGCUUGGUGCAUAAGAAUUUCAAAACAGCCAAUGUUUUGGUGGAUGAAAAUUUCAUUGCUAAGGUUGCCGAUGCUGGACUGCGCAAUUUCCUGGGAAGAGCUGAUAUUGCAGGCCCAUCUUCUCAAGCCGCAGCCGAUGAGAUAUUCCUUGCCCCCGAGGUUAGAGAGUUCAGACGAUUUUCUGAAAAGAGUGAUAUAUACAGUUUUGGGGUAUUUUUGUUGGAACUAUUAAGUGGGAAGGAAGCAACAGAAUCUCCAACUUCAGGCUCUAGCCAGAAUCUAGUUGAAUGGGUGCAAGCUAAUGAAGACCAUCGCGUUAUGUCUACUAUCAUUGAUCAGAGAUUGGGAAGUAGUUUCACAGCAGAAGGCAUGGAAGAAUUUAUCUUGCUAGUGGCUCGAUGUUUGAGCCCUUCAAGUGAGAGAAGACCUUCCAUGAGUUAUGUUGUAAUGGAACUUGAGCGGAUCCUUGAGAAGGAAAUGAAGUUGACAACAAUGAUGGGUGAAGGCACUCCAACUGUGACCCUCGGAAGUCAGUUAUUCAAAGCAACAGGGUAAAGAAAAGAAGCAUUGUCCGCGUCCAAAUUCUUAGUAUAAAUUUGUGAUUUAUAUCUUGCUUUCUCAUUCUUCCCUCCAUGGCUACCAGAGAAUAUAUAAAGCUGCUUGAUAAGUGUACAAAGAGCAGCUGUCAUUUCCUCCUUUUUCCAUGAGCCAGUGAACAAUUUUAUUCAUUUUUUUUAAACUAAAAAAGGUGUAUGAGAAAUCUUGUAAACCAUUAUUUGUUGUUCAUAUGAGAGUAAUGAUUGGGUUGGUGUGGUUUUA